CCUAGAUUCGAGCCUAUGUCUAAAGUAGAUGAACAUGUUACUACUCCAACUUCGUGAAAGUGACAAACUGAAACGUUUUCAUUUUAGUUUUUAUAUCAAAGAGUGUCUUUGAUACUGUGUGCACACGCGCAGUUUGGCGCGAGACGACCAUUGGACCCUAUAACAUAUCUCUACGCAUGAGCUUUGCUAGCCAACGUCGCCUACAAACGUGAUCGGGGAUUUAAAUUGGAGAAGCAGUUUGAGCCUAUCUUCAUACUGUACUGUCUUUGAUAUGGCCAUUCCACAAGCGUAUCUAGAUGAUGUUCGUUUCCGGGUGCGCCUUAUAUCGCAAUCCGGUUCCCUGCGGUUCGGAAUAAGGACCGGGGCGUUUCUAAAAGAAAGCCUCAAAACCCGACCUCCAACAGGCUUUUCAAGGGAUUUUGAAGCGGUGUUCCCUCCGCUUUCAUAUGCUACGCGCCCCGGCGAGGGUGCAUUGCACCGGCGCUCAAUGGUGGUGCAAUUCUCUCUGCGUUAGCAUACUAGCUAACAACAUCGAUUUCUACUCCACCCCCUCUCUAACCGGCUGUAGCUACUAGGCAAUACCCAGCAGCUAGGGGUGAGCUGCAAAACCCAACUUGCCCAUUCAAUUCCUCCUCAUCACAUCCAUCCACACCACUGGAAGAUUGUUGACUUGGGAGGGCCAUCGCAAGACUAUUCUUGUAGGAUCCCUGCAUCGGAUUCGGGAUUUAAGGCCCCCGGGGGUUUAACCCGCAAUAAUUUCAUUCAUAAACUCCCCAAAGCCUGGCAUCUCGGUCAGUGUUUUGGUCAGUUUUAAUACAAUGUUUAAACUUAUUUUACGUAAAUAGGACCAGUUCGUGAUUUUUCCUUUCUACCUCAACACUUCAUUUCAAUUCUCCUCCCAGCCGUCUUAGUUAACACUAGCUAUAUCUGACGGCCCCUUUCCUCCCCAUCAACCUUGGAGUCCAAUUCGGUUUAGCUGCUUCUGGCAAUCUGUGCAACGAUCGCUGCUCAGUGGUAACAGCUCGCAGCACACUGUGGUCAUCUCUCGUGGGGAAGAUAUCACAUAAUUGGACCCCCCCUACUCGGACAGCGCGAGACCUCGGGCUCCGACACGAAGACGGUGGUCUGUGUUGCCAGGAAAAGAGCUCUGUGGCAAUCGAAUCCUCCACACAGACGGUGCUCCGGUGCUCGCAAUGCCCGGCCCGGCGGCCGGCAGUAAAUCUCGGGUGUACGCCGAUGUCAACACUUUGAAGAGCAGGGAAUAUUGGGACUAUGAAGCCCACGUGCCUAGCUGGAGUAACCAGGAAGACUACCAGUUGGUGCGGAAGCUCGGCAGGGGGAAGUACAGUGAGGUCUUUGAGGCCAUCAACAUCAGCAACAAUGAGAAGGUGGUGGUCAAGAUCCUCAAGCCUGUCAAGAAAAAGAAAAUCAAGCGGGAAAUCAAGAUCCUGGAGAAUCUGCGAGGGGGAACCAAUAUCAUCCGAUUGGUAGACACAGUGAAAGACCCUGUGUCCCGAACGCCUGCUCUUGUCUUUGAAUGCAUCAAUAACACAGAUUUUAAGGAGCUCUACCAGAAGUUAACAGAUUUUGAUAUACGUUUUUACAUGUAUGAACUACUAAAGGCUCUGGACUACUGUCACAGUAUGGGUAUUAUGCACCGUGACGUCAAGCCCCACAAUGUGAUGAUUGACCACCAGAUGAGGAAGCUACGCCUGAUAGACUGGGGCCUUGCAGAAUUCUACCAUCCUGCACAGGAAUACAAUGUCCGAGUAGCAUCUCGCUACUUUAAGGGACCUGAGUUACUGGUGGAUUACCAGAUGUAUGACUAUAGUUUGGACAUGUGGAGUCUGGGCUGCAUGCUGGCCAGUAUGAUCUUCCAGAAAGAGCCCUUCUUCCAUGGCCAGGACAAUUAUGACCAGCUGGUCCGAAUUGCCAAAGUCCUGGGGACAGAUGAGCUUUUUGGUUACUUGCGCAAAUACCACAUUGAACUGGAUCCACGCUUCAAGGACCUUCUUGGCCAGCAGACACGGAAACGCUGGGAGCAGUUUGUCCAGACAGACAACCAGCACCUGGUGAGCCCUGAGGCUCUGGACCUGCUGGAUAAGCUGCUGCGCUACGACCACCAGCAGAGACUGACGGCCACAGAGGCCAUGGAGCACCCCUACUUCUAUCCUGUGCUGAAGGAACAGUCUCUCUCUAAUGCAGAUGGCAAUAUGGUGUCCAGUGGAUCCACUACAGCUCGAUGAAAGCAGAAGAACAUUUUGUUACCUCAAAUUUUGACCCCUUUGUGGCAGAAUCCUCUUCAAGUGUACAGUGACAAUGGAUCAAAGCACCGCCGACCAAUAAUACACUCAGAUGUUCAUACGGAACACACACACACACACACACACACACACACACACACACACACACAUGAACACACUCACACCCUCCUCUGUGUCAGUCUAUGGUUGGCUUGCCCCAGUUACAUGUGAAGCAGCCAGACCAAUGAGCUUGAUGUCUCACUGCUGCCCCUGCCCCCCUUCCUCUUAUCAUUAGGUAUACAGAAAGUUUCAAAGACUAGAAAAAAAGGAUACUUUCCUGUCAUUAUCCCCCCCCAAACUAAGCAUGAAGAAUGAAAAGGAGCGUGAGCCUGCCCCCCACCUUCCCUCGGUCUGUCUGUCUGUCCGUCUGUGUUCAGUAUUCAGCCCCUCGGCAGACUUGAGCUCAGCCUCCACACACUGUAGUACUGAAGUGGCAUGGUGGACCUUUUCUCUGCUCUAGGUAGAAUGAUGAUAAUAAUAUUAAUGAAAAUAAAUGAUUUUUAUUUAGA